AACGACAUAGGGCUUCGUUCUCGAGCCCGCAACCUGUCUACUUGCCCACCGCCCGCCCCAGCGUACACCCAACAUUUUAUCAUUACCUCGUCAUUUCACUUAGUCAGGGCGUGUUUUUGUGACAAGAACUUGAAAAAAAAGCUACAGAUUUUAAAGGAUUUUACUCAUAUCGCCAUAAAACAUGACAGAAGAACCGGAAUGCCAGUUGCGUCGACGAAAGGUGUCUGGAAACCCUAGUCUGCCUUUGAACUUGGAUGUGGAGUACAUGGUCAGCGACGGCGAUCCCGACCAGGGUACCCCAUCACCUAGCAAUAUAAAGCGCUUGGCUCACCAGAAACAAAGGUCGUCGUCUUCCACGCUCCUUGACUAUAAGAAUAAGCAGCAGUCUUUUGAUAUACAGGUGGAGGAAUGUGAAGAAGAAGAGAUAAUAAUAGAGAGUGAUGAUGAUGACGAAGACAAUGCUGAAGGAGGGCGCGAUGACCGGUCCAUCACGCCGACACCGAUACAAGACUUUGGGGCGAAUGUUGUUUAUACGGAAGGUCCACAAUCCUCGGACUUCUUGAGGGUAAAGACUUUGGAAGCGGACUGUUACACGGACGUUUCUGAUGCAGACACCGACGAGGAGGACAACAACCAAUAAAGUAUCUAACGUAAACUAAUACUU